UUAUAUAAAAUGUUAAAUAUUAAAUGCACUUAUAAAUUAGAAAAUAAUUAAGAAAUUAAAAAUAAAAAUUAAAGUCAUUAAUUCUAUUAAAUAUAUAUUUUUGAUUUUAUAAAUUAAAAUAUUAAUUAUUUUUUAUUAUAUAAAUUAUAUUAUAUUAUAUUAUAUUAUAUUAUAUUAUAUUAUAUUAUAUAAUAUUAUAUUUAUUUUAAUAUUAAGAUAGUAUAUAUAUUAUUAUUAAUUUUCUUUAAUAUCUUUUAUUUAUAUUAUUUAUUAUUUUUUUUUUAUUUACUUCUA